AUGUCGCGUUACGACGACGGCUACUCCCACGGGCGAUCAACCCGGCAUAAAGAACGCUCGCCCGAAUACGCGUAUGCGGCCGAAGAUUAUCCUACAAGUUAUGAGGAGAGCCGGCGAGUCGCAGCCGCAGAGAGCCCAGUAUAUGAAGUUGCUCAGCCGCUGAAGCAAUUGACUUAUGAACCUCAAACAACAACCCACCGAACUCAAUCACCAUCGAACUUACAGGUCUCUGACCCGCGCUCCCGACCAAGAUCCCUACCACCCCCGGUUGAGUAUCGUCGACGGAGUCGCGGAAGGAGAAAGGAACGAGGAUAUAAUAAAGAUGGCGAGACCGACGACUCGGAUGACGGCCGGGCCCGGAGUCCGAUCGAGAAGGCGCGGGGGUUUGUCGAUAAUACGUUUAGCGACACUACCGCUGGGCUGAGCAUUGGCGUGCUGGGCGCACUGGUAGGUGGCCUAGCUGCUAGGGAAGCAGUUGAUGCCACGACCAAACGCAACAGUCACCAUGACGAUACCGACCACAAGCGCAACCAGCUCAUCGGUACUGUGGUCGGAGCGGCUGUCGGCGCGUUGGGAGCAAAUGCGGUUGAGAAACGAUUGGAGGUACACCGUGAGAAGGAGAAGAUCAAACAGGAGAAAUGGGAACGCAAGUUCAGACCGAAUUCCGACGUCGUCGAAAGGCGCGAGUUUGCCACGCGCCCACACAGCACUAACGGCGGCGGUUGGAAGAGAGACUGGGACCCAUGGGAAGAACGCGAUCGGGAACGGGAACGUGACCGUGACCGCGCUAGAAACCGUGGCGUCGAGCGGGAAGUCGAUCUUGGGGCACGUAGUUGGAGGAAUGUUGAAGAUUGGCUUGAUGACGAACGGAACGACAACAAGCCGAUAUCAAGUGCGCACAGGGACACGGAAGACGAAUAUCGAUAUUAG